GUCCACAUCCACUGCGGUAUACUGCUGAUCAGGCAAACCAAAAAUAGGAGAACCCGAGGACAGUAUGCCACAACCAGCACCACACGUCGCAGCGCCAGUUGACCACAAAUCUGCAGGGUAUCCAGCACAACAUGGACCACCAUACGGUGGAGCACCAACUGCGAACGUCCCUGGAGUAUAUACUACACAAGCAGGCGGUAUGAUGGCGCUGCCACUGACUCUCGGCCCUCAGCCGUGCAACAUCGUGUGCCCAGCGUGUCACCAAACCAUACAGACGGCUGUGCAGACCAAGGCGACCACCAAGACGCACUUAAUGGCCCUCCUAUUGGCCGUCUGUGGGUGCUGCUUGUGCUGCUGCAUCCCAUACUGUGUAGACAGUUGCCAAGCGAAGCACCACUAUUGCCCCAACUGUAAAGCUUUCAUUGGAGCUUACGAUCGAUAGUAGUCUCGUGACUCUCCGUGUUCAGCACUUUGUUCUGCAAGCCGAGAUGAUAAUCACCAGUUCCUGUACAGACUCCAUACAUGUCACCUGUAAGAAAAUAUACUCCGCCUGGGUGAUGAUGUGAACUGACAGCAAAUCACAGCAGCUCCUUUAAACUAUCGACGCUGCUAAGUGCUGAAAACAUGAGUGCAGUUACAGACGUUCUGUUUUCAUCUAUACCAACACAUGUUCUUCGACGUAACGCAAAUUAUCGGUGAAUUUAAGAAAAAUCUCGUUGGUAUCAUGAAGUCUACGGAUAUUUACGUGAUUUUCUACUGUUUAGUGAGAGAUUGUAUCGGUAUAUCAGCCACUGCACUGGUUUCACUGUGUGAAAUGUGACAGUGAGCAUUUCUACCAAACUUCCUGGCAGAUUAAAACUGUGUGGCCGACCGAGACUCGAACUCGGGACCUUUGCCUUUCGCGGGCAAGUGCUCUACCAUCUGAGCUACCGAAGCACGACUCACGCACGGUCUCACAGCUUUACUUCUGCCAGUAUCUCGUCUCCUACCUUCCAAACUUUACAGAAGCUCUCCUGCGUGGGGCACACAGUUUUAAUCUGCCAGGAAGUUUCGUAUCAGCGCACACUCCGCUGCAGAGUGAAAAUCUCAUUCUGGAUUUCUACCAAACUUCAUUAGUGGUAAGAUCACCAUUUUUCACAAACUUAUUGGCCACUUCAUUGAUUUCAUUAUGUGAAAUGUGAAAGUGACCAGUUCCUCCAGGCUUCAUUAGCGGCGAGAUUUUUCAGUGAUUUCUUACCAUUUGCAUCAACUGUACUGUUUUAACGAUUCUGAUAGAAAAUAAAAA